AUGCUCAGGUACUCGUUUCUCUCCAAGGAUGCCUCAACAAAGAAGGCACGGAAACAAAUUCUGGACGAGUCUGGGAAACGUUUUUCAGCGAUGGACGAGCUGGUAGGAUGGUCCCCUGUGUCAUCCUCGGCUGUCGAUUUCAUGCACAACUUCUACGGUAUUGCAAAGUACAUGUUUUCUACCCUUCUGAUCGAUGGGUAUCUGCUCGACACCAAGCGCUGGCGGAGUCUUCAGGCGGUUGUCAACUCCAUUCAGUGGCCAUCGUGCGUUGGUCGCCUUCCCAACAACCUCGGGGAAAAUCGUGGGCUUCCAAAGGCCGACCAGUGGCGUCGCUGGGUGAACAUCCAAACCACAGUGCUUUGGUGUGUUUGGCGCGACGAAAAUGACAAGCUUGCUGGCUCCGAGGCGUCUCCAAUCCCGCACAAUGCCUCAAAACGACCCACAUUCACACGAGACAUCUCCCGUAUUUAUAGAUUAUUUCUGUAUGCGUCCAUUGCUGAACGCAUUCUCGCCUCAAGACAGAUCACCCUCGACGACGUGAAACGUGGUCACGGCUUCAUCCAAGAUCUCUGCCUGUUUUAUGAACGCUUCGGACCGGUGUACGCAUGGUGGCUCUUCGCACACGAACGCUUCAACGGGAUUCUUGCUGAUGUCAACCUGAAUGGUCGCCCUUGGGGUGAGAUGGAGCUCACGUUGAUGCGGAACUGGCAGUACAAGCUACGCUUGUAUGAGCUUGUUUCCACACUGCCGCCUGAUGCAACUGAGUACGAACGCGCAGAGCUGAAAAGUAUCUGCCGAGAGCAAGGCGCAGUUCGUGGCACGCUAGGGACACAGAUCGAGGCAUUUGCGCAUGGCGCAUCAACCAUCAACACACCGCGCCGAAGCUCCAAGACCUUCAUCAAUCUUCGGCAGCUUGAAGAUGGUCGCCUCUACCUGCCCCUUCUCUAUCAUCUCAGACGUGUUUUCCCCCACCUGACUAUUGGCGACGAGCAUGAUUUGCGACCUCACGACACAACCUUCCUUGCACACAAGGGCACUCAACGCUUUCCUUUCAUCUCAAAGGAUGCAAUUCGGUACGGAUCAACUGCGGACACUCGCACUGACUCAGAUCAGCACGCUUGCGUCGACUUUGAUGGUAUCAAGCGCAUUCCUUGUCGUAUCAGGUACCAUUUCGAGAUUGAGCUUGUCGGACAAGCCCCCCGAAUGGUCGCCGGAGAAGACAUUCCGACGUUUCCAUGGUCAAUGUAUUGCCUCCUCACCCUCCCACAGCUCAGAUCAUCUAGUAUCACCCAGUCGAGAUCAUUCCAACGUCCUGGCUUGCUGCCGCAGUGGCGAUCGUACCAAUCACGGCCCAUACUGGGCCUGGAUCACUGGGUGGCGCCAGAAUACCCUGCCACUGGCGUUCAUAUCAAUGACAACAUACACCGCUACUGGCGUUCGGAUAAGCUCAUAUGA